AUGGAAAUGGCAGGCGCCAUCUUCGGGUGCACCCAAACCACGGUGGGGGAGUGUCUGCGAAGGGGCCUAUUCGGCCUUCCAGCGGAGAAAAAGCGCCUCGUAAUGGCGGUGAAGCCGGGGAUGAAGUUGUUCCUGUUCAAUCACACCAAGCGGGAGUUGCUUGGAGUCUUCGAAGCUAUCACGAGCGGCAACACGUUCGACCCUGUUGCUUUCAAAAGACAGUGCCCAUGGCAAGUUCGGGUGCGUCGCAUCGCCGACUGCCCACCUCUAUCUGAAGCCGCGUUCAUGGCCACCUUGAAAGGAAGCUUCCACAACGGCCACACAGUCCCAAUCCCGCUCACGUUGGAACAGGUGGAAGACUUGCUGGCCGCCUACUGGCAAGGGGAGGGUGCUGCACGACAAGGAACAUUUUUGCCUCAUGCCUUGCCUGAAUUGCACGGUGGGCCUUUGGAGCUGGCGCACAAACGUUGUGAGAAAACACAUCGCCAUGUAGGCAGGAAGGCAAAGAGGGAGGCUGUCCAGAUUGCGGAGCUGCAUCAGCGAUCUGCACAGGGGUCUAAAAAGAGCCGCAAACAAGCUGCAGUGUGGCCAACUUUCCACAGAGAGACUUUUGCCAACAAGGACGUCACAUUAGCAGCUGUGAACAACCCUUGUGACAAGCGAGCAACGGUGGCACUGGGCCCCGUGCCAAAAGAAUGCAACGUAAAAGAUGUAAUUGCUGCUCUUGACAUGAGGCACAGAAGAAAAUACAAUUUUUUAUGUGUGAAGGAGCUACAUGGGGAAGCAUCUCGAUAUUGUUUUGUGAACUUAGUAGAUCACAAUGAUGUUGGGGGUUUCGCGGCCCACUGCAAGGAGUUCCUCUGGAGGCCUUCACCUGAUGACGAUGACAAAACUGAUCAAGGCAUAAAG